AUGGAAAAAGACGUUCCAAAAAAGGCGCUCCGAUCUGCCGAGGUGGAGUUGAAGUUGCCCAACAAGGGCGAACCAAUCCAGGUACAGAUUGCCGAUAGCCAUCGAAGGGCCCUGUGGAGACUGUUGCGCUCCUCCGUGACGAUGCUGAUCAUGGUCGCUGGCGUCACGGUCUUCGCGGAGGGCCUGGCCGGAAAUGUGCAGAAGGGCUUCGGCAUGGGAUCGAAAAAGAUCACGCCGGUGGAGGAAGUUAACACUACCUUCAACGACGUGAAAGGGUGUGAUGAGGUGAAGGAUGAGUUGCAAGAGAUCAUUUUGUACCUCCGAGACCCGGAUCGCUUCACACGCCUCGGCGCCAAGUUGCCCAAAGGCGUGAUGAUGAGUGGUUCUCCUGGUACGGGCAAGACACUCCUGGCACGCGCCAUUGCGGGUGAAGCUGGGGUGCCCUUUUUGCAGGCCUCGGGCUCGGAGUUCGAGGAGAUGUUCGUGGGCGUCGGCGCGCGACGCAUCCGGGAUCUCUUCCAGGAGGCCCGGAAACACGCCCCCUGCAUCGUCUUCAUCGACGAGAUCGAUGCUGUUGGCUCCAAGCGUUCCUCACGCGACAACACGGCGGUGAGAAUGACGCUGAACCAGCUUUUGGUGGAGAUGGAUGGCUUCGAAAACAACACCGGUGUGGUGGUGAUUUGCGCUACCAACUUUCCCGAGUCCCUAGACAAGGCCCUUACACGGCCGGGACGAUUGGAUCGGCAGAUCGUGGUGCCCAUCCCUGACCUCAAGGGCCGCAUGGAGAUCUUAGAGAUGUACGCGGCCAAGUUGGUCUUAGACGACAAGGUCAACCUGAAGACCUUGGCGCGGCGGACGGCCGGCAUGACAGGCGCCGAUUUGGCCAACAUCCUCAACAUCGCCGCCGUACGCUCCUCCGCCGAGAACCUCCGCUGCAUCCCAACGAAGUAUCUGGAAGAAGCUUUUGAUCGAGUCGUCGUCGGUCUUGAACGGAGAAAUCCCAUGAGUGAGCAGGAGAAGAAACUCACUGCGUACCAUGAAGGCGGCCACACCUUGGUCUCCAUCGGAAACUCCGGCGCC